AUGUCGAACAAUACCACAACAACAACUAGCCCAUCCACGGAAUCUCUGAUUGUUGCUUAUUAUUCCAUGACUUUAAUUAUAAUUGGUACUUCAUUUAAUGUUAUGACAUUUGUUAUACUUUGUCGAGCAAAAUUUCGAGAUACUAAAGCAAGACCAACACUUCAUUAUAUGCGAACAAUGGCUGUCUUUGAUAUUCUCAUGUUAUAUGGAUGGAAUCUUGACCAUUAUCUGUCAACUAUAUAUCAAUUUCAUAUCUUAACCUAUUCCAUAAUAUCAUGUAGAUUUAUAUCUUUUAUCAGCUUUUUCGCUGCUCAAUCAUCAGCUUGGCUUCGGGUUUUUAUUUGUCUUGAUAGAUAUUUAUCAUUAAGUCGUCUACAUAAAACAUGGUUUAGUAAAUCAAAAAGUGUUCUGAUUAUCAUUGCAUGCAUUAUAAGCAUUUUUUUGCUGCUAAAUUUUCAUAUUCUUCUCUUUGUUUGCUAUUAUAGAGUCAAUGGUACAAUAAGUUAUCUCUCUUGGUUAUAUACAAUCUAUCCAUUAUGGGAUUAUGUUACUUUAGGUGUUUCUAAUUUUUUACCAUUUAUAUUAAUGGUUAUAUUCAAUAGUGGUGUAAUUCAUCAUUUAAUUCGUCUUCGUCGUACAACAACUGUUCGAAAUUCACAGAUACAACAUCGAGCAAUUUCAAUUACUUUAGUUAUUACAACAUUUCUCUUUUUAAUUAUGACUGUACCAUCAAGUGUAGCUUUUGCAUUUUUUGCUUCAUCAAAUCAAACUCUUUUACAUUUCCUCGAUUGUCUUAUGUAUUCAUAUUAUGCACUUUCAUUUCCAUUAUAUUUGGCAACAUUCAAUGAAUUUCGACAAGAAUGUAUUGGAAUAAUCAUGUGCAAGAAAAAUAAUCGAAGAGUUGAACCACAAACUACAACUAGACCACAAACAUUACCUUGA